UUCAACCUGGCAACCAGACACCAUUUCAAGAUGGCGUCGAAGUACUACCAGGAGAUGCAGGACAGCUUCAGGAACAACAACAAAAGUAGAGAAAUCCCUGCACACUCAGCUAAAGUGCACUCUGUCGCGUGGAGUUGUGAUGGAAGAAGACUGGCGUCGGGAUCUUUUGAUAAAACAGCGAGCGUGUUCGUCCUGGACAAAGACCGUUUGGUCAAAGAGAAUAACUACAGAGGCCACGGAGACAGUGUGGACCAACUGUGUUGGCAUCCAACCAACCCCGACCUGUUUGUGACCGCAUCAGGAGACAAGACGGUCCGGGUGUGGGAUGUCCGCACAACCAAAUGCAUCGCUACCGUCAAUACGAAGGGUGAGAACAUAAACAUCUGCUGGAGUCCGGACGGUCAGACCAUCGCCGUGGGCAACAAGGAUGAUGUGGUGACCUUCAUCGACGCCAAGACCCACCGCUCACGUGCAGAGGAGCAGUUCAAGUUCGAGGUGAACGAGAUCUCUUGGAACAAUGACAACGACAUGUUCUUCCUCACCAACGGCAACGGCUGCAUCAACAUCCUGAGUUACCCUGAGCUGAAGCCCAUUCAGUCCAUCAACGCCCAUCCCUCCAACUGCAUCUGCAUCAAGUUCGACCCCACGGGGAAGUACUUUGCCACGGGCAGCGCUGACGCCCUGGUUAGCCUCUGGAACGUGGAGGAGCUGACGUGUGUUCGCUGCUUCUCCAGGCUGGACUGGCCAGUGAGGACGCUGAGUUUCAGCCACGAUGGGAAAAUGUUGGCGUCAGCCUCAGAAGAUCACUUCAUAGACAUCGCCGAGGUGGAGACCGGAGAGAAGCUGUGGGAGGUGCAGUGUGACUCCCCAACCUUCACGGUCGCCUGGCAUCCCAAGCGCCCCCUGCUGGCAUACGCCUGCGAUGACAAAGAGGGCAAGUACGACAGCAACCGCGAGGCGGGAACCGUCAAACUGUUCGGCCUCCCCAACGACUCCUGAGCAACAGGAGCGCCGUCGACCGCUUCGUUUAAACCUCAAGUCUUGAUUUAUUUUACCAUUAGAAGGAAUUCUGACGCGUUGUCGUGUACAUAAUCACUGGAGAGCUGUUCCAUAUUUUGUAAUGAAAUAUUGCUGAUUUUAUGGAAUGGGGGGGGGGGCGUUGUCCACAUCUUUCCCCGAUAUCAACAUUGAUUGAAAGAUGUCGAUCUGGAGUACAUUUGUAAGGCUAGCAGGAACGAUUUCUCUCCACCAGAGGGCGCUUUAGUAUCAUUGCGGUGGGUUUCUAGGCAGUUCAAAAGUGUUCGAUGUUGUAUUUUUUUUUGUAAAAUAUUCAAUUCUUUUUUUUAUAGAAUAACAAAAUAAAAAUUCAGUUCAUACAUAA